AAAGUACGUGCCCUAGUUUGGCCGGAUAAUAGUGCCUCGCAAAUCAGCGGAAUAUCCGGCUUUCCUUGGCCGGAAGCGGAUAUGCAGAGCACCGGAGAUCCUACCGCCAUCGCCUUCGCGGAACCUCCUCACGGCUAGGUUACUCCGGACAUCUGAUCUUUUCCACGAUAGAUUCAAUACUAAAGGAACAUGCGUCGCGGGGUGUUCAUCCAGCACUCAAUUGCAGCAUCUUCGCUCUCGUUGCAAUCAUCUCACUUCCCCAAGUCAUUUUGUUCUACUCCUCACGAGUCCCCACCGAAAGCAUGGCGCCCGCACAGAUCGCCAUACCCGGUCCUCUCUCCCAGCCAAUACCACAGCCUACUAUCCAAAGUGUAGCGCAAGACACACACCGACCGGAUGAUUCCUCAAUACAGACAGUCGACGCGCUGGUACGGCACCGCGCACGCAGUUAUCCUCAUGCCACAAUCGUAUCAUAUCCUAGCUCAGGCGUCGAGUUCGUCGACUACUCGAUGCAACAGCUCGAUGUGUUCGCAUACCGCGUCGCACGUCACUAUCAAGCCUUCAUUCCUACGAGAGCCAGCUCGGAAACGAAGCCUACGACAGUUGCACUCCUCGGCCCGAGUAACUUCGACUACUUGGUCACGCUGCUUGCUCUGACAAAACUUGGCCACACUGUACUGUUCUUAUCAACAAGGAUUUCUCAGUUGGCUGUUGAGUCACUAGUGGAAACGACUGGGGCCACAUAUUUGUUAGCAGAUCCGAAGCUCCUUCAAUUCGCAAACGACGUUCGCUCGAACUUGCCAACACUGCAGGUCAAUGAGAUUACGGGGAGCAGCAGCUAUGACUUCCCAAUCGAGGUUCAUGCGGAUACCCGUAUGGACUACCAACUCGAUCCUGCAAUCGAAGCAACUAACAACAUCUACAUUAUUCACUCCAGUGGUUCGACGGGUCUACCGAAGCCGAUUUAUCAGCCGCAGAAGAGCACCAUCGCCAACUACGCCAUCAGCAUGGAUAUGAAAGCCUUCAUUACCCUCCCGCUGUAUCACAAUCAUGGUAUCUGUAACUUCUUCCGCGCCAUCUACAGCGGCAAGUCCAUUCACAUCUACAACGCGGACCUACCGCUCACACAACCAUAUCUCGCCACGAUCUUGAGGAAGCACAACUUCGAAAUCUUCUAUGGCGUCCCUUAUGCAUUGAAAUUGCUCGCAGAGACCGAGGAAGGCAUCGAAUUGCUAAGGCAGCUGAAGAUUGUCAUGUAUGGUGGUAGCGCAUGUCCCGAUACUCUGGGUGACUUGCUCGUAGAGAAUGGUGUGAACCUCGUUGGUCACUACGGAGCUACCGAAGUAGGUCAACUCAUGACUUCAUUCCGACCUGCAGGUGAUAAGGCCUGGAACUAUGUCCGAGAAUCGCCAAAACUCUCACCCUUCCUUCGAUGGGUCUCACGCGGACCCAACCUUUACGAGUGCAUCAUCUUGGACGGAUGGCCAGCCAAGGUCGCAUCCAAUCAACCUGAUGGCAGCUAUGCAACAAAGGAUUUGUUCGAGCCCCACCCGACAAUCGAAAAGGCCUGGAAGUAUAUCGCACGACUGGACGACACAAUUGCCCUGGUCAAUGGCGAGAAAUUCAAUCCCGUCAUGAUGGAGGGCAAAAUUCGGUCGCACAAGGCGGUCACCGAGACCGUAGUCUUUGGAGCGGGCCGACCCUACCUCGGUAUUCUGGUUGUUCCAAGCCCGGCUGUUCGAGAUCUUUCAGAAGAUGAGAUCAUUGACCAAAUAUGGCCGGUAAUCGAUGAGGCAAACAAAGUCGCUGAGGCGUAUGCAAGGAUAUUGCGCGAUAUGAUCCAUAUCCUUCCGCAUGAUUGCCAGUUUCCACGAACCGACAAAGGCAGUGUCAUCCGUCAGGCAUUCUACAAACAAUUUACUACCGAGAUCGAGGGAGCUUAUGAUCGAGCUGCAACCGCAAGUGGCGAUCUUCAAGCAAUGUCUCUUGAUGAUCUGGAAGUAUUCGUGCGCAAGACUUUAACAAAGUCUUUACCGGAAGCCAGCGACAUUGAUAAGACAGCGGACCUUUUUUCUCUUGGUCUCGACUCUCUUCAAUCCAUUCUGAUCCGCACGGAGAUCUUGAAGACUGUGGAUAUUGGCGGUAACAAGCUCGGUCAAAACGUCGUCUUUGAGUAUCCAUCCAUCGCCUCACUGAGCGCACAUCUUUUGGCUCUUCGCACGGGGCAAGAGGAGGAGCAGACGUCUGUCGCUACACAGAUGCAGGACCUCAUCGAGAAGUACAGUGACUUCAAGCCCGCCAGACGACAGGAUGUUGCUCUCACAGGCGCAACUGGAUCACUUGGUGCACAUGUACUUGCACAGCUGGUAGCGCGACCGGAUGUUGAGACAGUUUACUGCCUCGUAAGGGCCAAGGACAACAAGGACGCUACUCGACGUGUCCGCCAAUCUCUCUUGACACGCAAGAUCUACCACUCCUUGUCGCUCGCAGGACGCCGAAAGAUCCAUGCUCUUGCUGCUAAUCUUUCGGAUCCAUACCUCGGACUCAACAGUCAGACACAUGCGGUUGUCGCAAAGAACCUAGCGACUGUUAUCCAUUGCGCAUGGAGCGUCAAUUUCAACCUGAAACUUUCGUCUUUCGAAAGGGACUGCAUCGCUGGCGUACGUCACCUGAUAGAUCUUUGCCUAGCGGUACCAUCGGCUGAACCUGCAUCUUUCGACUUCUGCUCCUCCGUUAGUACCGUCGCGAGGUGCCCUGACAUGCACACACCCGAGGCACUGGCAGAGCUAGACUGGGCGCAAGGCAUGGGCUAUGCUCAGAGCAAGUGUGUUGCUGAGAACGUCUGCAUGGCAGCUGCCAAGAAGACUGGUGUCAAAGCCAGGGUACUGCGUGUAGGCCAGAUUGUUGCGGACACUGUUCACGGCGUGUGGAAUGCUACCGAAGCCAUUCCGCUCAUUAUGCAAUCUGCAGUCACCAUCGGUGCGCUACCGAAGUUGGUCGAGUCGCCGAGCUGGACGCCAGUUGAUGUCAUCGCAAAGGCCGUGAUGGAAAUCUCCCUCAGUGACGCCGGCUCCAUUGUGGCCAAUGUUACGAACGCGAAGACAUUCUCCUGGAUGGAUGAUCUGCUUCCCGCUCUUCGACAAGCUGGCUUGAACUUCGAUGAAGUCGAGCCAAAGGAGUGGGUGAGAAGGCUGCGCGAGUCGACUGAUACCGCCGAGGCCAACCCGCCAAAGAAGCUAACCGAGUUCUUCGCUUCCAAGUACGACAAAGACACAUUCUCCCCAUCAAGGACAUACGAAACUAGUGUCGCACGAUUAUUCUCUCCUGCUUUGGAUAAUGCACCCGUACUUGACUCGACUUUCGUCAAGACUUUCGUGGACCAGUUCCAGGCCAGUUCAUGGCAACAGAAGCUUUCGGACACACCAGCGCAACAGAAGAAGCAAGUCAUCGUCCUCGCUGGACCUUGCGGUAGCGGUAAAUCUACCAUCGCCAAGAAGCUCAGUGCGACCUUCAAGGCACCCUUUAUCGAAGGCGACGAACUGCACACCUCUGAUGCCGUGACGCUCAUGGCAAACGGUACACCACUCGAUGACUCAGUUCGCGCACCGUGGCUCGAUCGCCUCAAGGAGCGCGCACUUGACACCGUCAUCAACCAGAAUUACGAUAAUGUCUUCGUCUCGUGUUCCGCGCUCAAAUCAGCGUAUCGCGACCGAUUCAGGCAGCUGGAGGAGGGACGUGACGACAUCCAAGUCGUGUUCGUGGAUCUUCAAGUCGAGAAGGAAGAGUUGGUGCGCCGCAUGAAGGAGAGGGGCAGUCAUUACAUGAAAGAGGUUAUGGUGGACAGUCAGUUGGCUAUUCGCGAGGAGCCGGGGGUCAUGGAGACGGACGUGUUCCCUGUUGAUGCUGGGAUGGACAUUGAAGAUGUUGUGGAGGAGGUUUCGGGAUUAUUGAAGGAGGUCAGCGGUGUUCGUGGAUAAGAUAGCAGUGUUGCGGCACUGCUCAUGGGUAUGAAGUUAUUAUGACUGGAUGGGUUUUGGGAGUUUCGGGAGUUUCAAGCUACUCGUCGCGGCUACCAUUGGUAACUUGAUUUCUUUGAAUGUACAUACUCUUUGAAUUAGUUUCACUUAAUUGGCUCUUGCC